AUGGCAAACCAAAGCCCGACCGCGAUUCUCAUCAUCCAUGGUGCCUACCUCCUUCCCUCGGCCUGGCACAUUCUGAGAACGGAUUUUGCCUGGUCCCACCUGGCCGUUCGUUGUCCCCGCCUCCCCAGCUGUGGUGAUGAACGGCCACAAAAGGCCACUCGAGACGAUGACGUUGCUAUCGUUCGUGCCGCCGCCAAAGAGCUUAUUGAUGGUGGACACAACAUCCUCGUGCUGGCUCAUUCCUACGGUGGCAUGGUCGCUUCAGAAGCGAUCACAGAAGAUCUAUACGCGAAUGGCGGUCGUAAAGGCAUCGUUUCCCUCGCCCUGCUCAGCGCCUGGCUCAUUCAGCCAGGGGAAUCACUCCAGGACGUGAUCAAGAAAUAUGGAUUCCAAUGUAAAGUCGACCUAGGCCAGAAUGAGGAUGGAACGGUCUUUGUCAAGAAUGCACCCGAGUCAUUCUACAACGACAUGGACCCCGACGCGGCAGCCGAACUCACCAGGGAUCUCAAUGUCACCUACAACCGGGUCGCUGCAUCAGGUCAAAUCACUGGAGCACCGUGGAAGGAUAUCCCCACGACAUACAUACACACCACUCGUGAUCUUGCAAUUAUGCUGCCCCUGCAACAGUCCAUGGUGAAGGAUGCAAUGGACGCCGGGGGCAAGGCCAGGUUCUCAACCGCAACGAUUGAUUCGGCUCACUGUCCUUUCUUGAGUAGACCGGAAGCUGUAAUUCAUGUUUUGGAAGGGGUGCUAGAUGAGUUAAGCCGAUGA